AUGGGAAGUGAUAAUAAACCGAUCGAUUUGGAAAAACUUUUCACGCCAGCAACGGAUUCUGGAGAAAUAACUCCAAGAAACAAAAAAAUGUAUGCGUCAUCGAGUUUUUAUUCUCCCAUACAUCCGACCGUACAGGAUCAAAUCGAACUCGCACGUAGGAUUUCCAGUUCGCUUUCCGAUAUAUCGAACAAACAAUCGAAAGGACAAUCGAUGUAUGUGAACAGAAUGAAACGUUCAGUCAAAUGGGUUCACGGAGGGGAAGGUCAAAAUGAAAAUAUUGAGAGCUCGUACGGGAACGAUGAUUUUACAUGUAAAUAUUCAAAUAGCGAAUCAUCGUCAAAGGAUAAAAUCAAAUUACUUAUGAAUCCGCAGGGAAAAGUACAAGAUUUGAAAAGUCUUACAAAACAAGGGAUCGUUUUAAAUUCAUCUCCUCUUUCACCGGAAAUGUGUUUCGAUUUGGUUAAAGAUUUAACAACGACAAAAGGAAAAGGAGCUGAACUUUUUGCAAAAAGACGAAAGAAAUCGGAAAAAUGGAUCGUUGAUGAAAAUACAGUGAGACAAAGAAAUCCGUCGAUUGUUAGAGGAGGAGGAGGAGGACAACAAACUUUUGAAUCGAACACGGAAAAAACAAUGAAACAAAACAAUAUGAAAAGAGAAGAACAAAUGCAAAAAAUUCAUGCUUUGCAGGAACGAUUCGGACAACCAAAAUUGAAAUUAGUUAAAUCGCCAUGGGAAGCCGCUUUGGAAACGGGUUCCGUCGACACAGCUUUUCAAGAAUUAAAUUUUUCUUAUCCUUCAACUCAAAUGCCCUGGAUUGAUAAAAUAAGCGAAAACAACAGGAAACCCUUGGCUAAAUCAAAUCCAAUCAAAUUCAGAGAUUAUAAAAAUGAUUUGUACAUGCCGAACAUACCAAAAGGAUGGACGUCGUCAUCUUCUUACAAUGAUUCGUACGGUGUGUACGACAAUUUACCACAAAUCCCGACAAUCGUUGAACCUCAUUCAUUACCCAAUUCGAUGGACGGUUACGUGCAGCACGCUAGUCAACAUCAGCCAAAAACGUGGGACUUUAGUUCAUUGAAUAAUUACAACACGGCACCGAGGGGUUGGAAAAACGAUUUAGAUUACUACAGGCCGGUUACUUUUUCAUCUCAAAAAUUCAACUCUCAAAAUCCAUAUUACAAAACUUAUUGA